CGAAACGUUUACAAUCUCCAUUCCUACAACCAUCGUGAAUGAUUUCUCCUCGUCAUACCGCCCUUUCUUCUAUCACUCCUCUCCUCCUCCUCUCCUCCACUCUACCAAGCUCCUAACCAACAGAUGCCUUCCGAAACACGACUGUUAUCCUAAAUCACGAUGGACGGCCCUCUGGCGGUCAUUCCAGGGGUCAACUCCAAUGGCAUCUCCCCAACAGACACGCCCGGCCUCCCUUCACCACCCGCAGCUGUCGACCCGAACAUUCUCCUCGAUCAUAUCACUCGGGUGCUGGAAGUCACUUUGGGCGCCACGAAGGAGGACUUGGAACAGAAUCGAAGCAUCCUAACCCCGUCACAAAUUGAGAAUACCCUUUCGCAAUGUACAUGGUUUUCCAAGGAGGGCGCUGUUGCCCUAUAUUGCUUCAAAGAGGCAUAUUUAGAAGAUGAUACGGAUGCUGUGAAUGGGGAGCAAGGACUUAGCAGCGACCGAUUUCGAUAUGUUCUCUCCGGGGAGUUCAAGCCCACCACGACUUGCGUCACGUCCGUCGCGUUUCUCAAACAAGCGGAAAUGCUCGAUCCCAGCGCCCCGAUAGCCGACCAGAUUCGCCUGAUAAACCUCCCUGGCUUGAGUGCGGCCGGAGCGCAGUCUUCUUCGGUCGUCCCAGCAGCGAAUCCAUUUCAGGUCUUCCAUUCCUUCCUUCACCACACCCUCGGCCCAUUCUUCGAUGCAUACGAACGGGGACAACUCGAUGAAUCAGGACCAUGGGUAUCUCAAGGCCAGUCGGAUUCUCGAACCGGAAUCCCUGGCGCGAAGAAGAAGCUGGCCGAGCUCGAACUCAGCCUUCAACAUCUGCAGCAGAACAUUGAGAUCCCGGCUUUAUCGCUACCGAUGCACCCGCUUAUUCAGAUGGGACUGGAUGCAGCCCAGACACGCUCAGACGAUCGUCCUAAAAUAGAUUUGGUUCCCCAGAAGUUGUUCACCGAUGCCCAUUUGUUGAACCAGUUGCAAGCCACGGUGAACGGUUGGAUCCGGAACAUUCAAACUAUCACCAAGACGACACGGGAUCCAGCAACAGGAAGUGCCUCGCAAGAGAUUAAUUUUUGGAUCAGCUUCGAGUCGGCGCUGGAGAAUAUCGAAGAGCAAUUGCGGAGCGAUGGGGUGCGGUUGACUCUGGAAGUCUUGCGGCAUGCCAAACGAUUCCAAGCUACGGUUAGCUUCAGCGCAGACACAGGACUGAAAGAGACGAUGGAAAUGGUGCAGAAGUACAACUUGCUUAUGCGCGAUUUUCCCUUGGAAGAGCUGCUAUCCUCCCAGUCGCUGGCAAAGGUGAAAGAGGCGAUUAUCCUCAUAUUCUCGCACCUGAAUAAGAAGCUCCGCGCGUCACCAUAUCCGAUUAAACGAGCGAUUCCAUUUGUCGAGGCCAUUUCUAGCGACCUGGACGCGAAGAUCCAUUCUCUGGUCAAUGGACGGCGACUUAUGCACCUGGAGUACCGCGAGUUCCAGCAGGUCAUUGAAAUCACGAACGGAAUCUGGAUUGCUUGGGAAGACCAACUGAGGGGAUUCACGAAUGUCGCUCGAGAGACAUUGAAACGCCGAAAAGAUGGUUUCAUCCCCGUCAAGGUCAACGCAAACCAUCUGAAGACGAAAGAGCGACUCCAAUAUAUCGGCCAAUUCCGCCACAACCACGAACAGCUCCAGAGAACCAUCAUCAACGUGCUUGGUCCUGCGAGCUCUGGUGUCGUCAAAGAUCUGUCCGAUUCGAUCAAUGGCACCCAUGCUGUUCUUGUCGCGGAGAUGGGCGAUGUUGACGCUGUCGAGGAGGUUGCCCAAGCAUACGCUGCUGUUAAAGACAUUGAUGUCCUCGAUGUUACCAUGGAGGGGACGCAGACGUGGGCUCACGCUGAAGUUGCCUACAAUGACCGGACCCAACGAGUGGAGAACUCCAUCAUCGCACGACUACGGGAUCGCCUUGCGACUGCCCGGAACGCGAACGAAAUGUUUCGGGUCUUCUCCAAGUUCAAUGCGCUCUUUGUCCGACCGAAAAUUCGCAGCGCCAUUCAUGAAUAUCAAACGCAGCUCAUCGACAACGUGAAAGCGGACAUCUCGGCGCUUCAUGAACGAUUUAAGCAGCAGUAUGGCCACUCCGAGGCCCACGGGAUGGCUCAGCUUCAUGACCUACCCCCCGUGUCAGGCGCCGUGAUCUGGGCCCGGCAAAUCGAGAGGCAGUUGGAAGGGUACAUGAAGCGCGUCGAGGAUAUUCUUGGCAAAGAAUGGGAUCUCCAUGCAGAGGGGCAGAAGUUGCAGAGCGAAAGCAACAUGUUCCGAAAGAAGCUCGACACGAGACCCGUGUUCGACGCAUGGCUUCAUGAGGUUGCAAGACGGAAUCUUACAAUCUCGGGAAGACUAUUCGCAAUCAACAAGACAAGAGCGUCUGGAAACCUUUACGAAAUCGCGGUAAACUUCGAUCCUCAGAUCAUCACGCUGUUCAAGGAGGUCCGCAAUUUACUCUGGCUGAACUAUCAGGUUCCUCACGCCAUUGCGAACAUCUCGAAGGAGGCAAAGCGCGUAUACCCAUUCGCAGUCUCUCUCAUGGAAUCGGUUCGGACCUACUCGCAAACAUCCCGCGUCAUCAGCGGCAUGACCGACGUUUCCUUACUCCUCUCCGGAUAUCAAAACGACGCUCAAAGCUUGAUUGCCAAAGGAAUUCCGCUGCGAUGGGAAUCAAUUGUCCAUUCCUACGACAUCCACUUCCGCCAGCCGUUCCCGGCCGGCCCUUCGGCAGACGGCUCCGCACCCGUUUCGAGGGGCGAGAGCAAACACGUCCAAUUUAUCCGCGAGUUCGCCUCGGCAGUAUCGCUGUUGCAAACGAAGGUCGCUACCCUGGCGUCAAUAUUCGCAACCGUCCAAGCUGCGCUGCGCGACCUGGAGACCUGCCACUGCACCAGCGAAGACCUGCUAAGACAUCUUGGGACCAUCCAGGGCGCGGUCGAUCAACUAAAUCUCGAAAACUAUGUCAACCUCCCUCAUUGGGUUGCUGGGAUGAAUGACCGCGUCGCAGAUAUUCUGCGGGCGCGUUUAGACCAUGCCAUCGCCGAAUGGAUUGAGCUCUUUGAUUCUGAGGAAUUGUCCGACGCGGCCAAGGCUCGCCUCAAGCAAGCCGAGCCAGACAAAGAGCCCUCGAAGUACCUGCCGCAGUUGAACGCGAUUCUACUAGAGGUCUGCAUGAAGAAUCAAUUGAUAUACUUGGACCCACCGCUGGAAUUCGCUAGGGCCAGUUGGCUCGAGCAGCUGCAUAAAUGGCUAUCCAUCAUCUGCGCGCUGCCGAAGAUCAAAGCAACCCGAUAUGAAUUGCGAGUUGAGACUAGUACUGACGCCAGCGUGGAGGAAACCUUCUCCGAGCUCACGAGCAAAUGCGCCAAUAGCCUGACCACGGUGUACAGCAGCGUGGAAGCUCGCGUCGCCGAAACUAGCGAGUACGUUGCCAAAUGGCUACAGUUUCAAAGCUUGUGGGAUCUCCGGUCGGAGCACGUUUACGACAAUCUCGGCGACGACCUCGCACGGUGGCUGCAACUUCUCCAAGAGCUCCGGAAGAGCCGAUCGACCUUCGAUACAUCGGCCAAUAGCAAGAGAUUCGGCCGGUUCUUAACGGUCGAUUACGAGCAGGUCCAGGUGAAGGUGAAUGCCAAGUACGACCAAUGGCAACAUGAGAUCCUCAUCAACUUCGCCUCGCGACUGGGUGCCCGUAUGACAGACGUUUUCAACGAGCUCGAGAAGGCGCGAAAAGACCUCGAGACGCAUUCCCUGGAAGCUUCGUCAACCGCCCACGCCGUCAGCUUCAUCACCACGGUCCAGCAGUGCAAACGACGCGUCAAGACAUGGGCUCCGGAAAUCGAAACCUUCCGGUCCGGCCAAACGACGCUGUCCCGUCAGCGCUAUCAGUUCCCGUCCGAAUGGCUACAUGUCGAUCAGGUCGAGAAUGAGUGGGCGACGCUCAACGACAUCCUCGAGCGAAAGGCCAAGAUCGUCCAGGAUCAGACCGAUGCACUGCGAGCCAAGAUCGUGGCGGAAGAUCGGGCUGUGAGCCAGAAGAUCGCGGAUGUUGCACGGGAGUGGGCGGAAGAGAAACCGGUGUCAGGGACAAUCCCUCCGGAGGAAGCCAGCUCACGACUGCAGUCGUUCGAUUCACGGCUUCUGAAGCUUCGAAAUGAGUCCGAGAUGGUGGCGAAGGCGAAGGAGGCACUUGAUCUUCCCGGUUCUCCGGAGACAGUGUUAAUAGCCCUUCUUGAGGAGGUUCAAGACUUCAAAUCCGUUUGGAGCGCACUGAGCACGAUCUGGUCGCGAUUGAACGACCUUCGAGAGACGCUAUGGACUUCCAUCCAACCUCGGCGUCUGCGAAAGGGCCUGGAAGAACUCAUCCAGAUGACGAAAGAUAUGCCGGCUCGCAUGCGGCAAUAUGCGGCGUUCGAGCACGUCCAGAACGUGUUGCGCCAACUACUCAAGGUCAAUCCUCUCCUUCAAGACAUGCGAUCCGAAGCCGUCCGAGAGCGACACUGGAUCAAGAUCUUCAAGAUGUUGAAGCCUAGCAAGCGGUAUAGCCAGCUGAGUAUGACCCUAGGCGACGUCUGGGACCUGCAGCUCGGUCCGUCCGAGAAUAUCAUCCGGGACGUGAUCGCGCAAGCGCAAGGCGAAAUGGCUCUCGAAGAGUUCGUGCGACAGGUUCGCGAAACGUGGUCAACCUACGCAUUGGACUUGAUCCCUUACCAGACGAAAUGCCGGCUCAUCCGAGGAUGGGACGACCUCUUCGCGAAGUGUAGCGAGAAUCUCAACUCGUUGCAGGCGAUGCGUCAUUCCCCGUACUAUAAGGAGUUCGAGGAAGAGGCAAGCAACUGGGAAGAGAAGCUGAAUCGGGUCCAUGUGCUUUUCGAUGUUUGGAUCGAUGUGCAGCGGCAAUGGGUUUAUCUCGAAGGCGUGUUCACCGGCAACGCAGAUAUCAAGCACCUGCUUCCGAUGGAGUCCGGCCGAUUCCAGAACAUCAACUCCGAGUUCCUCGACCUGAUGAAGAAGGUCGUUCGUUCGCCGUUCGUUCUGGAAGUGCUCACCAUCCCGGGAGUCCAGGAGAAACUUGAGCGGUUAGCGCAGCUCCUCGGCAAGAUCCAGAAAGCGCUUGGAGAGUAUCUCGAGCGCGAGCGCGUCUCGUUCCCUCGGUUCUACUUCGUCGGGGACGAGGAUCUGUUGGAGAUUAUCGGCAACAGUAACAACACUACACGUGUCGCCAAGCAUCUCCGAAAGAUGUUCGCCGGCAUCGCAGGCCUCAUCACAAAUGACGACAACAUAAUCUUGGGGUUGACAUCGCGAGAGGGUGAGCAAGUGAUGCUCAGGCGUGAAGUCUCCCUUGUUAAGAUCCCUAAAGUUAACGAGUGGCUCGCCGCUCUGGAACUUAGCAUGAAGACGACUCUCGCAGAGCUCCUUGCAGACGCCGUAGCUCAGUUUACAGAAAUCCUCGCUGCGCCGACGAUCGAUGCAGCUUCAUUCGAUGAAUACGUUUCGACGUUCCCCGCCCAAAUCGUCGUUCUUGGGUCGCAGGUCUGCUGGACCAACUCUGUGGAAGCGUGCUUACGUAGCGGCGGCGAGGGACUGUCCGCGCUUCACUCACAACAACUUGCGCUGCUUCGCAUUCUCGCUGGCGGCGUACUCACCGACCUCGAUGCGUUGCAGAGAAAGAAGUACGAGCAUUUGAUCACGGAGUUCGUGCACCAGCGCGAUGUGACGGAGAAUCUGCAGAAAGUGCAUGCAGACUCGCCAUCACAUUACCUUUGGUUAGCCCAGAUGCGGUAUGCGUACAAGCCAGAUCAGGAGCUUUUGAAGCGACUGAACGUCGACAUGACCAAUGCCAGCCUCGUGUACGGGUACGAAUAUCUCGGCGUUGCUGAUCGUCUCGUUCGCACUCCACUUACGGACCGAUGCUUCAUGACUCUCACACAGGCUCUAUCCCAACGUCUCGGAGGUUCGCCGUACGGACCCGCAGGAACUGGUAAGACUGAGUCCGUCAAGGCACUCGGGCUUCAACUGGGACGCUUUACGCUCGUGUUCUGUUGUGACGACACGUUCGAUUUCCAAGCAAUGGGACGCAUCUUCCUCGGUAUCUGUCAAGUCGGGGCAUGGGGUUGCUUCGACGAAUUUAACCGUCUCGAAGAGCGGAUCCUGUCGGCUGUGUCUCAGCAAAUCCAAAACAUCCAGCUGGGUCUCCGAAAGGGACAACAGGACCCCAAACAUCAGAUCGACCUCAUUGGACGGAAUCUUCGCGUGGAGCCGAACACGGGAAUCUUCAUCACCAUGAAUCCAGGGUAUGCCGGCCGAUCCAACCUUCCGGAUAACCUGAAGAAGCUUUUCCGGAGUGUCGCCAUGUCGAAGCCGGACAAGGAGCUCAUUGCGGAGGUCAUGCUUUACUCGCAAGGUUUCUCCUGUGCCAAAGAACUCUCCCGACAAACGGUUCCGUUCUUCGAUCUAUGCGCUCGGCGGUUAUCGAAGCAGGCACAUUACGACUUCGGCCUGCGUGCGUUAAAGAGUGUGCUGGUCAGCUCUGGUGGCUUGAAGCGAGCAAGACUGGCUUCUCAGGAUAGCGAGAGUCUAAAAGAAGACGUUGUGGAACCCCAGAUCAUCGUGCAAAGCCUCCGGGAAACCAUGGGACCAAAGCUAAUUGGGCAAGAUGUGAUUGAAAUGCAUAAAAUUGAGCAUGACUCAUUCCCAGGCGUUGAGUAUGUCCCUGCACCUUUGAAUGACCUCAAGGAGGCCAUCAAAGAAGUUGCUGCAGAGAGGAGACUCGUUGUCAAUGAUGACUGGCUGGCAAAAACCCUUCAGCUCUUCCAGAUUCAGGGGUUGCAUCACGGUGUGAUGAUGGUCGGUGCAUCUGGGUCAGGAAAAUCCAGCGCGUGGAGCGUGUUAUUACAAGCGCUUCAGAAAGUCGAAGGCGUCGAAGGAGUGUCCCAUGUCAUUGACCCGAAAGUCAUGUCAAAAGAAGAGCUGUACGGCACAUUGGAUAGCACGACGAGAGAAUGGACCGACGGUUUAUUCACGAGCAUCCUGCGGAAGAUUGUCGAUAACCUUCGCGGCGAAGAUACCAGGAGACACUGGAUCAUUUUCGAUGGAGAUGUUGACCCUGAAUGGGUCGAGAACUUGAAUUCGGUCUUGGACGACAACAAGCUCCUCACUCUACCCAAUGGGGAGCGUUUGAGCCUUCCUCCCAAUGUCCGGAUUAUGUUCGAAGUCGAGACUCUCAAGUACGCGACAUUGGCUACCGUCAGUCGCUGCGGUAUGGUCUGGUUUAGUGCCGAUACUGUAACGACGGAAAUGAUGAUAUCCAACUAUCUCGCCAACCUCCGCCAAGUUCCCAUCGAAGACGUGGAGGACGAUUCCGUUCCCCCAGCCGAGCUGCAGCAGAAGAACCUUCUGGUUCAAUCCCACGUUGCCGAUUUCCUCCAGGCUAAAGUCGAUCGCGACAACUUCAUCGAGAAGACUCUCGAGCAAGCGCGCAACUUCCGUCAUAUUAUGGAAUUCACCGCGAUCCGAGCGCUCAAUACGCUUUUCUCGUUGCUCAACAAAGCAUGCCGGACUAUUUUGGAGUACAACAUCCAGCAUGCGGACUUCCCGCUCGAGCUGGAGCAGAUCGAAGCGUUUUUGUCUAAAAAGCUGCUCAUCGCGCUCGUCUGGUCUCUAGUUGGGGAUUGCCCGUUGGCUGACCGCAAGACGUUUGGAGACAUGGUUGCUGGCUUGACCACCGUCGAUGUUCCUGUCUUGACCGAUGCGUCCUCCCUUAUCGACUACGAAGUGUUAUUGCCAAGGGCUGAAUGGACUAUGUGGCAGAACCAGGUGCCGGCGAUUGAAGUGAACACCCAUUCGGUUACCCAGACGGACGUUGUCAUUCCAACAUUGGAUACGGUGAGACACGAAGAAGUCCUCUACUCAUGGCUCGCUGAACACAAGCCUCUGCUGCUGUGCGGUCCACCUGGAUCAGGCAAGACGAUGACGCUGUUUAGCGCGCUCAGGAAACUUCCAAACAUGGAAACCGUCGGUCUGAACUUCUCAAGUGCAACGACCCCCGAGCUGCUCGUUAAGACCUUUGAACAACACUGUGAGUAUAAGAAAACACUCAACGGGGUUAUUCUCUCGCCUCGGCAGAUCGGCAGGUGGCUCGUCGUCUUCUGUGACGAAAUCAAUCUUCCGGCCCCGGACAAGUAUGGUACUCAACGUGCCAUCUCCUUCCUCCGACAGUUGGUGGAGCAAAACGGUUUCUGGAGGACAACUGACAAGACAUGGGUGACCUUGGACCGCAUUCAAUUUGUUGGCGCAUGUAACCCUCCUACGGAUGCCGGCCGGACGCCGAUGGGCUCACGUUUCCUACGACAUGCUCCUUUAAUCAUGGUCGAUUAUCCCGGACAGCAGUCUCUGCUCCAAAUCUAUGGGACAUUCAACAAUGCCGUGCUCAAGAUUCUUCCCUCCCUGCGUGGUCAUGCAGAUGCUCUCACGAAGGCUAUGGUUCAGCUUUAUGCCGAGUCGCAGAAACGCUUUACGCCAGACAUCCAACCCCACUACGUCUAUUCUCCUCGUGAACUAACCCGCUGGGUGAGAGGUCUCUACGAAGCGAUCAAGCCACUGGAGAACCUGUCUGUGGAGGGCCUGGUUCGCAUCUGGGCCCACGAAGCUUUACGAUUAUUCCAGGAUCGACUCGUGGACGAGGACGAGCGAAACUGGACUGAGGAUUGUAUUCGCCGCGUGGCGCUGGAGCACUUCCCUGUCAUUGAUGAAGAAAAAUCACUUGGUGGACCGAUUCUAUUCUCGAAUUGGCUUUCCAAGAACUACGUGCCCGUGGACAGAGGCGAACUCCGCGAAUUCGUAAAAGCGAGACUCAAGACAUUCUGCGAGGAAGAGCUCGACGUGCCAUUGAUCUUGUUCAAUGAUGUCUUGGAACAUGUCCUCCGUAUUGACCGUGUCUUCCGUCAACCACAAGGUCAUCUUAUCCUUAUUGGAGUCAGCGGAAGUGGAAAGACGACCCUGUCCCGGUUUGUCGCAUGGAUGAACGGCCUGAUGGUCUAUCAGAUCAAAGUGCACGGAAAAUACUCAGCGGCCGAUUUCGAUGACGACCUUCGAAACGUGCUUCGAAGAUGUGGCUGCAAAGGCGAGAAGAUUUGCUUCAUCAUGGAUGAGUCGAACGUCUUGGAUUCUGGCUUCUUGGAACGCAUGAAUACGCUGCUUGCCAAUGCUGAGGUUCCUGGAUUGUUCGAAGGCGACGAAUACGCCACGCUCAUGACAUCGUGUCGUGAAGGGGCUCAGAGGCAAGGUCUCCUCCUUGACUCCAAUGAGGAGCUCUAUAAGUGGUUCACGCAGCAGAUCAUCAAGAAUUUGCACGUCGUCUUCACAAUGAAUCCGCCAGAAGAAGGUCUUUCAUCCAAAGCCGCCACUAGCCCUGCACUGUUCAAUCGUUGCGUCCUUAAUUGGUUCGGCGACUGGUCAGAUCAAGCUCUAUUCCAGGUUGGUUCGGAACUCACACAAUCAAUCGACCUGGAUCGAUCGUCUUACACGGCGCCCGAUACCCUGCCUGCGGCAUACCCAGACCUCAUCCUCCCGCCUUCACAUCGCGAUGCAGUGGUCAACUCUAUGGUCUUCAUACAUCAUUCAAUUGCCCAUCUCAACUCCCGCCUCCAGAAGCAGCAUAACAAGACGACGUAUCUCACACCUCGUCACUUCCUAGACUUUGUGGCACAAUACGCGAAACUCCACCACGAGAAACGAGAAGACCUAGAGGAGCAACAGCGGCAUUUGAACGUUGGUCUGGACAAAUUGCGCGAGACUGUCGACAAAGUCCGCGAUCUUCGGCAUAGCCUUGCUGAUAAGAAGAGCCAAUUAGAGCGAAAGGAUGCCGAAGCAAACGAGAAACUCCAACGGAUGAUUGCGGAUCAACGUGAAGCGGAGAAGCGCAAAGCGGCGUCACUUGAAAUCCGGGAAGCGUUGGAGAAGCAAGAGCAGGAAAUCACUGCUCGUCGCGCAGUCGUGGAGCAGGAUCUGGCGAGGGCAGAACCGGCAGUCCUCGAAGCGCAGAAGAGCGUCAGCAACAUCAAGAGGCAGCAUUUGACUGAGGUCAGAUCCAUGACGAGCCCUCCGGCUGGCGUGAAGCUCGCAUUGGAGUCUGUCUGCACACUGCUAGGACAUAAAGCUGCAGAUUGGAGGGCCAUUCAAGCAAUCAUCCGUCGCGACGAUUUUAUUGCUAGCAUUGUUACCUACGACAAUGAGGCCCAAAUGACGAAGAACCUCCGUGUUCGUAUGAGGAACGAGUUCCUGUCUAAGGAGGAGUUCACCUUCGAACGGGUUAAUCGUGCAAGCAGGGCAUGCGGUCCUCUUGUACAAUGGGUCGAGGCUCAAGUCAACUUCUCCGAGAUUCUUGAUCGAGUCGGACCACUCCGCGAGGAGGUUGUCCAGCUGCAGGAUGAUUCGGAGCAAACCAAGGCGGAGGCGAUGGCUGUUGAGAACGAAGUUAAGAGGCUCGAGGCGAGCAUUGGACGAUACAAGGAGGAAUAUGCGGCCUUGAUCAGCCAAACCCAAUCCAUCUCAACGGAGAUGAAGAGAGUGCAAAACAAGGUGGACCGAAGCGUCAGACUUCUUGAGAGCUUGUCUUCGGAGCGAGGGCGUUGGGAGGAGACGAGCAAGUCGUUUGAGACACAGAUUGACACGCUUGUUGGCGACGUUCUCGUUGCGGCGGCCUUCGUCACGUAUGGAGGCUUCUACGACCAACAAUACCGCCAGAAGAUGAGUGAUGACUGGCGCCAACAGCUCACGCUUUCCGGAAUCAAGUUCAAGCCUCUCAACCCAGUUACGGAAUAUCUCUCUUCCGCGGAUGAGCGCUUGAAAUGGCAGGCGAAUACGUUGCCUGUGGAUGAUCUGUGCACGGAGAACGCAAUCAUCCUCAAGAGGUUCAACCGUUAUCCUCUCAUCAUCGAUCCAUCGGGCCGAGUGAACGAGUUCCUACAGAAUGAGUGCAAGGACCGCCGUCUCACCGUCACCAGCUUCUUAGACGAUUCCUUCGUGAAGCAACUCGAGAGCUCAUUACGAUUUGGCAACCCGAUUCUCAUCCAAGAUGCCGAGCAUCUCGAUCCAAUCCUGACUCAUGUCCUGAACAAAGAAUACCAGAAGACCGGUGGCCGUGUUCUUAUCCAACUUGGAAAGCAAGAGAUCGAUUUUUCGCCUUCAUUCAAAUUGUACCUGUCAACCCGGGAUCCCUCAGCGACCUUCGCACCGGAUAUCUGCAGCCGCACCACCUUUGUCAACUUCACCAUUACCCAAAGCAGUCUUCGAACCCAAUCGCUCAAUGAGGUGCUCAAGUCCGAAAGACCAGAUGUCGAUGAGAGGCGCUCGAACCUCAUCAAGAUGCAGGGAGAGUUCAACGUUCAUCUCCGACAGCUUGAGAAGCAGCUAUUGCAGGCCCUUAACGAGUCUCGGGGCAAUAUCCUCGAUGAUGACAAUGUUAUUGAGACCCUUGAAACACUCAAAAAAGAAGCGGGAGAAAUCAGUGCCAAGGUUGAAGAGACAGAAGGUGUUAUGACUGAAGUCGAGAACAUUACCCUACAGUACACUGGCAUUGCUCGCUCAUGCGCUGCAAUCUUUGCUGUUCUGGAGCAAGUGCAUCACAUCAAUCAUUUCUACCAGUUCUCCUUGCAGUAUUUCAUCGACAUUUUCGAAACCGUCCUCAGUCGUGCGCGGCAAGCUAAGGAGACGCACCAUCAAGCGCGGAUCGACCUCAUCAUUCGCGAGCUGUUCAUCAACACUUAUCGGCGUACCUCCAUGUCACUUUUGCAGAAGGAUCGAGUCACGCUCGCGAUGCUUCUUGCGCAAGCAGCUCCGUUCAAGAUGGACAAAACUUUAAUUGACUUGGUGCUCGACAAGGACCUUGAAGGCCUCGAUGUGUCUACCGAGACUACGCGCAAGGAUGAAGCAAUGGCGAGAGCAAUGAAGCUCCGGGUGUUCAAAGACCACAUCAACGCCAUUCCUUCCGAAGCCUGGGACAAGUUUUCCACCGAAGAACUCGCCGAACAACAUAUCCCACCGGUAUGGAGCUCCAAUGUCGACCGAUACGAUCAACAACUGCGGUCACUCGUGCUGGUCAAAAUCUUCCGCAUUGACCGUCUUGUUCCUGCGGUGGAGCGUUUUGUGACCACCGUCUUCGGUAAAGAUCUCCUCGACGCGUCUGGAGAUCUGGGCGAUAUAGUGGACCAAGUCCAGUCAACUACGCCCAUCGCACUCAGUUCGUCUCCUGGUUUCGACGCCAGCUACAAGGUCGACAACCUCGUCGAGCGCAUGGGUGUUCAUUGCACGAACAUUGCGAUGGGUUCUUCGGAAGGCCUCGCCAGUGCAGACAAGGCAGUGAGCAACGCCGCAGCAACCGGCUCGUGGGUGCUCGUCAAAAACGUGCAUCUUGCACCCACCUGGCUUCAGAGUCUUGAGAAACGCAUCGACUCGUUGAAGCCGCACAAGGAUUUCCGCCUGUUUUUGAGCAUGGAGACCAGUCCAAAGAUCCCGGUCAAUUUGCUCCGGGCAAGCCGAGUCUUGAUGUAUGAGCAGCCAGCAGGCAUUCGGGCGAACAUGAAAGAUUCGCUUGCUAGCGCGGCGAACCGAGCUACGCAGGAGCCGGUCGAGAGAGCAAGAAUAUACUUUUUGCUCUCUUUCCUACAUGCGGUGGUGCAGGAGAGGUUGCGGUAUGCGCCGCGGUUGGGUUGGAAGGGGUUCUGGGAGUUCAAUGACAGCGACUACGAAUGCUGCGCAUUUAUCAUUGACUACUGGGUCGAUUCCGCCGCCCAAUCCCGCUCCAACAUCAACCCCACUUCCAUCCCAUGGGACAUCAUACGCGUUCUUAUCACGGAGAUGUACGGCGGCAAAAUCGAUGACGAAGAGGAUCACGCGGUCCUGAGCAAUCUCGUCUCAUCCUUCAUGACGCCCGAUGCAUUCGAGGAAAACCAUCUCCUCGUUCAGCCGAGCAAAGACGCGGAGAAUGGCCUCGCCGUACCGCCGCAAACGUCGUGGAAAGCGUUUAUGGACUGGGUCAACGUCCUGCCUGAGCGAGAACCGCCCGCAUUCCUGGGCUUGCCUGCCAAUGCAGAGAAGUUGUUGCUGAAGGCGCAGGCGAAGGAGAUGGUGGGGGAUCUGGGGAUGAUCAUGGAUUUGCUGGAUGAAGGGGAGAGGAUCAUGGCGGAAGCGGAAGAAGUGUAAAAGAUACCCCUUUUUUUUUUGUUCAGAUUGACUUGGGUUUUCUGUGGGCUGGUGGUGGACAUGCUCUGGUGAUCAGAGAGGCGUUUCGGUUAUGUGUAGCGGUCAUUUGGGUUGGAGCGAUUCACAUAGUAGG